AUGGCAAGCUUAUCUUACGAAGAAAUUAGACAAAGAAACAUUGACUCAAAUCGUCAGCUUUUGUUAUCUUUGAAGCUAUCAGGUCCAUGUGCAAAUCCAAUAAUACCAAAACCACAAAAAACCAAAAGCAGUGAAAAUCAAACAUCUAAAAAACCAAAAACCAAAAAACUUGCUACUAAAAUCGAUGAAGAAGAAGAAUCCAAUGUUCUAGAUGAUCAAACGAACUCAAAGACGCGUAGAAGAAGUGGUAGAAUACAAAAAAUCAUUAAAUCAAAAGACGAAGAUUAUCAAAAAUCAUCAUCAGAAGAAGAAAGUUCAGAAGAAGAGGAAGAAGAAAAUCUUAAACCGAAUCCUAAAAAACGAAAAUCGACGGGUACUUCAUUUCUUCCUGUCAAACGACCACGUCAAUCUGGUCCUCCUCGUCGAAAAGCUCGUUCUUUAACUGCUGGUCGUCCUAACCCUAAAAUCUUUGGUCAUCAGAUUGGUGUAGAAGUAGGAGAUUGGUGGGAUUCUAGAAUGAGUUGUUCUCAAGCCGGUAUUCAUGCUCCACCAGUCUCAGGUAUAGCAGGAAACGAGACUGAAGGAUGUUGGAGUGUAGCUUUGAGUGGAGGAUAUGAAGAUGAUGUAGAUUUAGGUUAUGCAUUCACAUUUACCGGAGCAGGAGGAAGAGCAUUAAGUGGAACAGCCAAGAAUCCGAAAAACCUUCGUACAGCACCUCAAACCUUUGAUCAAGAAUUCACGGCUCUUAAUGCUGCACUUCGUACUUCUACGGAAACUAAAAAUCCUGUUAGAGUCAUUCGUGGCUAUAAGAAUCAUAGUCCAUUUGCUCCUGAAGAAGGGUAUCGUUAUGAUGGUCUUUAUUUGGUUGAAAGAGCUUGGAGAGAAGUAGGUCAAGCUGGAUUUCAAGUUUGUAAAUUUGCGUUUGUCAGAUUACCUGGUCAACCUAAGAUUCCAGUAAAAGAAGGUAGAGAAGCUGAAGCUGAAGAAAUGUAUAAAGAUAUGGGAUUCGUUAUCGAUGAACUUCCUGCUUCUCCUAAAGCUCGACCUGUUUGGACUAAAAAAGCUGCUCAAGCUCGAAUCAAGACUGAGGCGAAGGAAGAUGGUUCUGAUCAGGAGGUAGAAGGAGAUGGGGAAAAUAAAGAGACCCAAGUUAAGGAUGAUGAUCUUAAAGAGGAUAAAGUCCAAGCAGAUGAUGUUGAAGAGGAUGGAGUCAAAGGCGAUGAUCUUAAAGAGGACGAAGUUAAAGUCGAUGAUCACAAAGUCGAUGAAGCCAAGGUUGAUGAUCAUAAAGAGGACAAAGUCAAAGUCGAUGACAAGGACAUUGAGGAAUCAAAAGAAGAAAACAGUAAAACCGAAGAGAACAAAGUCGACGACGAUUCGAAUGUCGAUGAGAUGAUAAUCGAAACUAAAGAAGAAGCUUCAGAGAAAAUCAAUGAUUUGAAAAAGGUCGAUGAUAACGAAGUAGAUGAAGAUCCAUCAUCAAAAACCACUACAAUCUUAGAACAAACCCCUAUACUUGACGAUAGUACUGAAACUUCUGAACCUAAACCUGAUUCAGAAUUGAUACUCCUACAAUCUCUGAUCAUGAAGCGAUUCUUGAUGAAGAAAAAGAAUUGA